UUUUGGAUAAUCGUAUAAUGACAAUAAUGUCAUCUAACGAUAAAUACUUGACCCAUAGACGUGACACUUUGUGAGAUCGGAGUUUAUAGUUUUAUUAAACUGUUGAUGCAAUAACACUCUUUGAGUGGAGAUGCGAUAUAUGUAGAUUUAAUAACUCGGGUAUAACUACUUAAAAUCAGUCCGGUACUGUUUGUUAGCAAUCUCGUGAUAAUGAUUUGACAUUUCUAACACAAAUUUCGUCAGGUCAAGAAUACGAAACUACAACAAUUAAAUGGAGUAACCAAUUAGUCUGACCCUGCAAAAGUUAUUUGACAAAUUAUCUUAAGUUGGCGAAAUUGUCUUCUCCAAUUAUAUAUCUAAAUCUUUUACAGCUACUUGGUGAAAGUUACGUGUCCGUUAACAAAAAAUACAGGAAGUGUAAAAUACAGUUCAUCAUCUUGAAAUUAUUUUAAAAUAUUUUUUACCACCUACCUAUUUGUGGCAAACAGUCAAUCAUGAAAGCAGUUAUUUUGAUUUUAUUUACAUUAAUAUGCACAGUACAUAACUACAAUGUUCUCAUAAUUAGCCCAAUGGUUUCAUCUAGCCAUUUUUAUCUUGGAAAUGCAUUAGGAAGAGGUCUUGUAGAAGCUGGACACCAAGUAACAGUAGUUAGUCCUUACGAAGAUAAAAAUCCGUUAAAAGGCUAUAAAGAUGUAGUUUUAACAGGUUUAGCACAACAAAAAAGAGAUAUUUCUCCACUGGACUUUUACCACAUGGAUCCAUUUUCCAUAAGUAGUCACUUUGCUGAUGUGGGCACCGGAAUUGUCAACAAUAUAUUCAAUCAUCCGAAUUUUAAAAACCUCAUUAAUUCGAAUGAAAAAUUCGAUGUAUUAAUUAUACAAUACUUCAGAUCAGAUGCUUUAAACAUUUUACAAUGUCAUUACAAUGCUCCUCUGAUUGUUUUUAGUAUAGUUGUACCAGGUUUUUGGGUAAAUCCCAUAGUUGGCAGCCCUCUAGAACCGUCAUAUUUCCCAGAUUUUUUGUUAAAAUAUUCCAGUAAUAUGAAUUUUUGGGAAAGAACGGUUAAUUCACUUCUUCUCUUAUUUAACUAUGUACACAAACAUUUAUAUUUUAUCCCCCAACAAAAAAAGUUGAUGAGCGAACAUUUUCCAAAGUGUACUGAUCAGGAUGCAGCGUUUUACAAUGCUUCACUGGUAUUUGUGACAGCUCAUGAAAGUGCAAACCAACCUAUACCUCUAGUACCUAGUAUGAUCAACAUUGGUGGUCACCAUAUUAAGCCUGCGAAAGAAUUACCGAAAGAUUUAAAAAUAUUCAUGGAUAAAGCCAAGGAAGGAGUGGUGUACUUCAGUCUUGGUACGAAUGUUGAUCCUACUAACAUGAAGCCAGAGCAAUUACGGGACAUACUUAAUUCUUUAGGAAAAAUAAAGCAGAAAGUUCUUUGGAAAUACGGCGGAAACGUAACAAAUUUGCCCAAAAACGUUCAAUUGGGAAAAUGGUUUCCACAAUCAGAUUUAUUAGCUCAUCCGAAUUUAAAACUGUUCAUUACCCAUGGAGGCUUGUUAAGUACUUUGGAAACAGUUUACCACGGUGUCCCCAUAUUAGCUUUACCAGUAUUUGCUGAUCAAAAUAUGAAUGGAGCCAUAGCUCAAGAGGCAGGUUAUGGUAUUAGUCUUCCAUUCGCGGAAGUAACUGAAGAGAAAUUGACUAAUGCACUACACGAAGUUUUAACAAAUCCAAAAUAUGAAGAAACCGUUAAAAUCAGAUCUAGCAUCUUUCAUGAUCGCCCUAUGAAACCGUUGGAUUUGGCAGUAUAUUGGACAGAAUUCGUAGUCAGACAUAAAGGAGCACCACACUUAAGGGUAGGAUCCAUGGAUCUUCGAUGGUACCAAUAUCUGUUGCUUGACGUGAUUGCAGCUGUAUCAGUCGUUAUCGUUAUUGUGUUUACAGUAUUGUAUAUUUUAUGCAUUAGUCUAUGUUGUUCAAAGCAAAAAAGGAAGGAUAAAGCUGAGUGAUAUAAGUUAAAUAUAAAAUAUGUUUGAUUUAA